GUCAUUCGUGCUAUUGCGAUUUACCCAAUUUUAGUGUUAAAUGCAUUCUGUUGUCCUGAGCUUCUUGUUUCUCUUCCAACCCACUUCAUGGUUCUUACUACGGUUUGAUACACAAUUUACUACCUUCCCAAAUCGUAUGCCCGUUUUGUGAUUUGAUACAAAGAUAAUGUGAUCGACAGAAGAAAACUUACUUGGUGAAGGAUCCUUUUUGGUUUGAUUCUACUGUUCAUUCAGUUUCUGAUUAACAUACGAUUCGCAAUCAUAGUGUGUUCGAAAUGACUGAUGAAUCUGAAACUCAAAAUGAUGGGGAUAAAGGUCCGUCAAAGAAUGAUUUGGAAUCGGAUAUAGCAUCGGGAGUAGUAUUGGGUAUGAGGUUUGGGUCAGCAGACGAGGCCAAAUCCUUUUACAAUACAUACGCGAGAGCAAUUGGGUUUAGCAUCAGAGCCAGAGAUGUGAAGAAGAAGGACGGUGAGGAUGUAAUGAGGGAAUGGGUCUGUUCUCGAGAAGGGCACCGGGCGCAGAAAUAUUUUGACAGAAAGGAUAGGAAGAGACGGCCCCGGGAGGAAACACGAUGUGGUUGCAAUGCUAAGUUCCGCGUAAAUUUCGACAAAGAUGAUGGCAAGUGGGUUAUCUCUAGGUUAGUAGUCCAGCACAAUCACGCACUUGUUGGUCAAGAUCACAUUCAUUUCUUGAAGUCACACCAAGCUAGUCCAACGAAUGAAGUUGUAAUCAGGUCUGGACAGAUUGUGGAGUCUAUUCCAGAGCAGGCAGGGGAUUGUCGUCAGCAGUAUAUCCAAGAUGGUGAUGCAAUGGCAGCAAUUGGAUACCUUGAAGCAAAGAAGCAAUCAGACCCGGGGUUUUUCCACAAGUAUUGUAUCACUUCAGAUGGAAAGCUAGGCAACUUUUUCUGGUGUGACUCAGCUUCCCGUUUUGAUUACGCUUGUUUUGGAGAUAUGUUGGCAUUUGACACUACUUACAAACCAUUUGUAAUGCUAAUUGGGAUGAAUAAUCAUCACAAGACGUGCAUUUUUGGUUGUGCAAGUCUGUUGGAUGAGACAGUUGAGUCUUAUACGUGGCUCCUUUCCACCAUGGUUGAAGCAAUGGGUGGAAAGAGGCCCACAUCAGUAAUCACUGAUGGAGAUAGGGGAAUGCGAAAGGCAAUGAAGACAGUUUUUCCUGGUUGCCCACACAGGUUAUGCUCUCGACACAUGAUGAGGAAUGCAGAGAAGGAAGUUCAAAAGCUGGCUUUUGUUCGAGAAUUCGCGAAUUUCAUGAAAUUUAGAGAAGACAGUAAAAUGGAUGAUGUUUGGGAUGAAUUAUUAAGGAAGCACGACCUAGUAGAGCACCCAUGGACCAAAGAAGUUUACAAACGUCGUAAACUAUGGUCAGCUGCCUUCCUCAAAGGCCAUUUCUUUGCCGGACAGUCUGCCAUUCAGCGGUGUGAGUUGAUGAAUUCGCAUCUGCAUCACUACAUGCAAGGUUGUAGGAAGUUCUAUGAGAUUGUGAAGCAAUUUGAUUUUCAAUUGGUGAGAGUCCGCGAUGAGGAAGCUAGGGCCGAGCAUGUUACCCAGAACAGCACUCUGGUGAUCUCAACUGCACUCAAACAGCUUGAGAGCCAUGCUGGCGAGGUAUACACAAGGGCAUCAUUCUACAAAUUCCGCGAGGAGAUGGAGGCUGAGCAGCUAUUCAUGGUUGUAGCUCUCACGAACGAGGACAACCUUUGCGAGUACGAUAUAAUGCAAUACAUGAGGCCUGACAUUGUUUACACAGUAGUAUAUGACACAGUAGCCCAUAGCAUUAAUUGCCAAUGCUUGGGAUUUGAGUAUAGUGGCAUUCCAUGCCGUCACUCCAUCCACGUAAUGAAGAUUAGACACAUGGAGGAGAUCCCCGCGUCAUGUAUUAUGCGCCGUUGGACGAAGAGUGCAAAAUCUCACAUGACAUAUACUGGAGUUGAUGCUAUGUCUCCAGACAUUCUUAUAUCGAUGAGAUUAGGUGCCUUGACGAGUGCAAGCAAUAGGCUCUGUCAUCUGGCCAGUAAGUCUACUUCUGACUUCGAAGAGGUAAUGACCGAACUUAACCAGCUUGCAGCACGUAUUGAUAUCCGGUUGAAUGUGGGGGAGGUAUUUGAAGGAGGAUCGGCUGCAGUCCCUGAUUCUGCUAUAGUUCCAGCAAAGAGGCAAAAAGUUACAGAAACCGUUAAGACACAUCCGACACACAAGUAUUCAAACUGCAAUCAAGUGGACACGAAACAAACAUGUCCAAUGGGGAACGCCACUGUUGCUGCAGAGGUACGUAGCAAUGCAACCAGUGGUUACUCAACGAGCGUAGAAAUGAGUCCCCAACAGUUUACUUCCCAACAGGUGGCUGGCAGCUUCUCCUCUUACCAGCCGGCUCAUGAAGAAACCAUCCAUGGCUCACAAUCCUUCACCGAUGACUCCCUGGUGCUAUGCAUAUAAUAAUCGAUCCCAAGUUAAAUACAUUGUCUCUAAUUGAUUAGUUAUGGUAUUGUGAACUGAUCUUAUGUAUUUUAA